AUGGGUAAUUUACCAAAAGCAAGAGUUAAUGAAGCAAUUCCAUUUACAAUAGUUGGGGUUGACUUUUGUGGACCUUUUUUAGUUAAAGAAAAGAAAAGAAAUAGAAUUAAAGUUAAAAUAUACGUAGCAGUCUUUGUAUGUCUCGUCAUCAAAGCUGUACAUCUAGAAAUGGUCAGUGAUUUAACUACUGAUUGUUUUAUUGCUGCUUUAAAAAGAUUUGUUGCAAGACGUGGUUACCCGACUGAUAUUUAUUCAGACAAUGGUUUAAAUUUUCAAGGGGCCAACAAUGAAUUGAUUAAACUGUUAAAUCAAAAAAAAAUUCGAGCUGAUAGUUAUCAAGGAUUAAUUGAUCAUUUAAAAACUGCUGCAAAUGAAUCUAAAGCUGAUUUAUUUAUAACUAUGACAUGUAAUCCGAAUUGGCGAGAAAUUAAAGAAAAUUUGUUAAUGGGUCAAACAGCUUCUGAUAGACCAGGCAUAGUAUCACGUGUUUUUGGAAUAAAAAAGAAUGAAUUAAUAAAUAAAAUAGUAAAAGAGAAACUUUUUUGGGAAAUACAAGCAUAUGUUUAUGUUGUGGAAUAUCAAAAAAGAGGAUUGCCACAUGUCCAUGCUUUAUUUACCCUAGAACAAAACUUAGAUGAAAUAAUGGAUAAAGCGUUAUUAUGUAGAAAAGAUGAUUUAAAUUCAUGCUUUUACAUUGAUGGACCGGGUGGAUCAGGAAAAACAUAUGUCUAUAGUACAAUAUAUCACUUAUUAAGAAGCGAUGGAAAAAAAGUUGCUACAAUGGCUUUUACAGGAAUUGCGGCAAUAUUGCUUCCAGAAGGAAGAACAAUGCACAAUCUAUUUGCAAUGCCGGUUGCAAUGUAUGCUGAUUCAACUUCGAAUAUUAAACAGCAAUCAAAAGCAGCAGAACUCAGAAACAUUGAUGUGAUAAUUUGUGAUGAAGCACCAAUGGCACCGAGAUACUGUUUGGAACUAGCUGAUCGAACCUGCCGUGAUAUAAUGAAUAAUAAACUACCUUUCGAAAAUAUGAGAACUUUACCGGAAAAAUCAGAGUUUGCUAAAUAUAUACUAGACGUUGGAAACGGCACAAUAAAUGAUAAUAAUGACAAUUUAAUGAACGCAAGUAUGAAAGUUUAUCGAAAGUUGCUGUAUUAUCAUGUAGAUAACAUAAAUGAUAAAGUGGUGCAAUUUUUGGACAAAGAUACAGAAAAAAUUUUUACUGGAAUUGAUAGUACUGAAAAUUGUGAUAAUGGAGAACUUAAUAAUUCUAUUUUACCAGAAUACUUAAAUACGUUAAAUCCACCAAAUUUUCCACCAUAUGAAUUGAAAUUAAGGUUGUACUGUAUUGUUAUGCUUUUACGUAAUAUUAGUCAAAGUGAAGGUUUAUGUAACGGAACGAGAUUGCAAAUAUUAAGUAUGUCUAAUAAUCUUUUAAAAUGUAAAAUUUUAACUGGUGAUAAAGCAAAUGAUAUCGUAUUCAUACAUCGCAUAACUCUCUAUUGUGAAGAUGUUUAUCCUUUCACGUUUAAACGAAGACAAUUUCCAAUCAAGAUAGCAUUUGGAAUGACGAUAAAUAAAUGUCAAGGACAAACAUUCGAAAUGGUCGGUGUUGAUCUUAGAAAAGAUGUUUUUAAUCAUGGUCAACUGUACGUAGCAUUUUCACGGAUCAAUUAA